UUCUGAAGCGGACCGCCAACUGUCAAAAAAUAAAAGCCCUUCCGCUUGUGGACGCUGUGCAGACAGAGUUCAGACAGUUUUCACCAAAACAAAGAUUAUUUAGCGGUUUCCACACUUCGCUUUAGUCGUUAUGCGGUUCACACGGUGUUAUCGCAGCUAAACUUUUAAGUGUAUUCACGUUUUGAAACCGCGCUUCGUCGUCAAACAUGGAGAAAUUUGAGGGCUACAUGUUCACCGCGCUGUGCAGCACCAACUUUCUGAUCUCAUGCCUGAUCUUCUCCAGAGUCACCCGGGAGCAGAGAGAGCCGUACAUGGACGAGGUGUUCCACAUCCCACAGGCUCAGACAUACUGCCAGGGGAAAUUUAACGAGUGGGACCCGAUGAUCACCACCCUUCCAGGUCUUUACCUCGUCUCCGUGGGAGUCAUCAAGCCCGUGGUGUGGCUCGCUGACCUGACAGGCGCGGUGGUGUGUUCCACGGCCAUGCUGCGCUUCAUCAACCUGCUGUUCAACUGCGGCAACCUUUACCUGCUCUAUCUGCUCAUCUGCAAACUGCACCUCAGGGAGAAGACGCGAACAACCUCACGUCGAGUCCUCUCAGCGCUGUCUCUAUCCACCUUCCCCGUGCUCUACUUCUUCAACUUCCUCUACUACACCGACGCCGGGUCUACUUUCUUCAUCCUCUUCACCUACCUCAUGACACUCUACGGCUGCCACAAGGCCUCAGCGUUCCUCGGCGCGUGCUCCGUGCUCUUCCGCCAGACCAACAUCAUCUGGGUGGCCUUCUGCGCAGGCACGCUGGUGGCUGCCAAAAUGGACGAGACCUGGAGGGUGGAGCACACGAAAAAAAGGGAUGAGAAGUCUCCUCCGUCGCAGGUCCCUCUGUCAUUCAGUGGAGCUAAGAAAGUGAUACUUUUCACGCUGGAGUUCGUCACGUCACCCAGUCACGUGAAGGCGGUCCUGCUGGUAGCCUGGCCUUACACCGUGGUCGGUGUGGGUUUCCUGGUGUUCGUGGUGCUGAAUGAUGGGAUAGUGGUGGGUGACAGGACGAGCCAUGAAGCCUGCCUCAACUUCCCCCAACUCUUCUAUUUCUUCGCCUUCACCCUCUUCUUCUCUCUCCCCGUCUCGCUGUGUUAUUACCGCGUUCUCCGCUUCCUCCAGGCUCUGAAAAAACAGCCGCUGUUCUUCCUCUUCAUCACUGCCGUCUCCUUGUUUCUGGUGUGGAAGUUCACCUUCGUCCACAGGUACCUCUUGGCCGAUAACCGCCAUUUCCCGUUCUACGUGUGGAAAAGGCUCUUCCAGAGGCACGAGCUGGUUCGCUUCCUCCUCGUCCCUGCGUACGUGUUCGCAGGGUGGAACUUUCUGGACUCCUUUAAGUCACGCUCGCUGUUCUGGAGUUUGGCGUUCCUGGCGUGCCUCCUGGCCGCCACUGUGCCCCAGAAGCUGCUGGAGUUCAGGUACUUCAUCGUCCCGUACCUGAUGUACCGCCUGCACAUGCCUCUCCCCUCUCUUCCAAGACUUAUUGUGGAGUUUGUCCUGUACAUGGCGGUCAAUGCUGCCACGCUUUACAUCUUCAUCAGUAAGACCUUCCACUGGCCGGACAGCACAGCUGCACAGAGGUUCAUGUGGUGAACAAAAGAGAGUGUAAGACUGAAGACGGGAUGUUGGUAUCAAAAGAUUUCCCCAGAGAAUCACAGCACACGUGACAUCUCAGAAAUCAAAGAAAAGGCUCUUAUUUUCACAGCUUUUGUACAAACGGUGUUCGGUAUAGCGUGUAGGGACGGACGUAGCUUACAGUGAGAAUCAGUAUUGUUAGUUUUAACGUGAAAGUAAAAGAAAAAGAAAAACUCUGCAGCACGGCUGUAAAUGUACUGUGACUCAGUUACAUGAAAGAGUAUUCAAACAGAAAAUUUGAAAACUUUUGGCUCAGACAAUACAGUGGUGGUAUCAAUAUUGAGUGUAAAAUCUUGGUUAGAAUGGUCUUUAUAGAAGCUGUUUCUACUGUAAAUGAACAAUCUUUGGUUGAAAUGUUACUAAUCCUUCCACAGGGUGGGAAAAUAAUCAUGUAAUUGUGAUAUUUUCUGCAGGUUGACGAGGCUGCGUGUGGUUUUAUUUCUAUGACAGGAGCUACAAAAAUGAUUUAAAGAGACCAAAAAUGACAGCCAUAUUGUAAACUUCAGAAUUUAUAUUGUAUUAUUGUACUGAGAUUUUUGCUUUUUGAUGGACACCCACAGAUAACUUUGUAAUUAUGGGACUAAAUUGAGGAUAUAAAUGUGUUUUUGUUUUGUUUUUUUUACUUUGACCAAGCCAUAAAGAUCCACUGGAGGUGAUUCAGAAAUGUGUUGAUUCAUUGUUAAUUUGUUUUUGUGUGUCAAUCAGUUUUUUGCACUUGUGGUUGAAUUGUAACACGUGAUCUUACCCUCGUAUCUUUCCCCUUUCUGUUCACUGUUUUCACUGUGCCUGAUGUGUGUUUAUUUAGCUACUGUGUCCACGUUUCCUCUUUUGUCUUAUGUUACAAAUGUAAUGUCCUUCCAGCUGUUUGCUGCUCCCCUGCUGAAACAAUCUUGUGUACGUUUGAAUAAAAUGAAUCAUGCAACAU